AUCAACGGUUGAUAUCAAUUCAAACAACAACCACCUUCUCUUAAACCCCUUUUCCAAAACCUCGCUAGGGUUUAAGCAGAAGAGAAAAUCACCGAGAACAAAUUCAAGGUUGCAGAAAUGGCUUUCUUUGGAAGAAUUGGGAAUAUAAUAAGGAAUGCGGCGAAUGCAAAGAUCAGUUCUGAGAUUAAGCUACGUUCUUUUCCAUCUGUUUUCCAAGCUAUUCGGUGUUUUUCGAGUGUUCCGUCUACAAAGCUGUUUGUAGGAGGUGUUUCAUAUUCUACUGAUGAACAAAGUUUGAGGGAAGUUUUUGCAAGAUAUGGGGAAGUUGUCGAUGUGAGGAUCAUUAUGGAUCGUGAAACUGGUAGGUCCAAAGGAUUUGGCUUUAUUACUUACAAUACAGUUGAGGAGGCAUCAAGUGCCCUUCAAGCUUUGGAUGGACAGGAUUUACAUGGUCGCCGGGUUGGUGUAAAUUUUGCCAACGAAAGAGCCCGUGGAGGGUAUGGCGGCGGUGAUGGUGGUUUUGGUGGAUCUUAUGGAAAUACUUCCUAUGGUGGUGGAGGUGGUGUUGGAUAUCAAGGUGGUUAUGGUAACUCUCCAUAUGGUGCUGCUCCAAGCGGUGGUGGGUAUGGUGAUGCUGGUGGUAAUGUCACUGGAGGUUAUGGAAGCACUUACAAUGAUGGAACUACUAGUGGAGGUUAUGGUGGCAACAAUGCGAAUUAUGGUGCUCCUGUGAGUGGUGGUGAAAGCAAUACACUUAACUAUGGCAGUGCUCCCGCUGUUGGUGGUUAUGGCGGUGGUAACAAUGGGAAUUAUGGAGCUGCUGAUACUGUUAACUAUGGUAGUGCUCCUGGUGCUGGUGGUUAUGGUGGUGACAAUGCAAGUUACGGUGGUGGAGAAAGCAAUUCUGUUAACUAUGGUAGUGCUCCUGGUGUUGGUGGUUAUGGCAGUGGUAGUGCAAAUUAUGGUGCUGCUGUAGGUGGCGUGGAAAGCAAUUCUGUUAACUAUGGUUCUCCUCCUGUUGAUGGUGGUUAUGGUGCUUCUUCUGUCGCUGCUGCCGGUACGAGCAAUGGUUUCACUGGUAGUCAAUACCCUGGAAAUGCAACAGGGUAUGGCAGUGGCAGUUUAGGUACUGGGAGCAGCUUUGCUGGUGGAUAUGGCGAAAGUGGUCAAGAAAAUUUCAGGAAUGAUGAUCAUGAAGCAGAUGCUUUUGCUAAAAGGGCUUGAUGGAGCCUUGAAAUGUCUUGGGUGUUUACCAAUAUUAGGUGGACUUGUUCCUGAUAUUAUUUUCUAGCUUGUAUAAUCAAAAAGAAACGAAACUACUAUUCUGCGUCUCUUUGCUUUGUCAUGAGUCAGGAAUCUAAAUUUUGUUGCAUGUUUUGAUUAGUUGAGAUCUUCACUAGGAGUUUGAGUCUCAUUGACACUGCUUUAAACAUUGUGUGGGUUUAUAUACUGUUAGAAACUGGUAUAUAUCAUUCAGAGAAUUAAUGAAUUAACACUGAACUUUCA